AUGUUCCAGCCCCGUAAUAUCCUUCUUGUAGUGAGGGGCCCAAAACUGAACAGAGAAUAUCCUUCUGUGGAGCUUCUGCAGGACAACCCCUGUCUGACAGAGUUCAUCACCUCUGUGCUGGCCCUGCCAGAGCCCAGCCCGAGCAUCCUCUCCUUCACUCUGCAGUUAGCUGGGAUACUUGCUGCUUCCGAAAACCGCUUCCAACUCUUGCAGCAGGAGCAGCUGUUGGUCAAGCUCUUUGGCCGGAAGGGGCCCCUGGACAGCAGCGCUUGGGGGGACGCGUCGGUGCGGAGCGGGUGGGUGAGGGGCAUGCACAGCAUGAUGCAGCACCAGCCUGCCCUGCGCUUCCUCUGCCCUGCUGGAGGCUUAGAUGUGAUCUUCGCUCUGCAAGGGGAUCCCAGCCUGUUUGUGGCUUCAGCUGCCACUCAGCUUCUAGUGCACGUGCUCACCCUCUCUGCAGAGUUGGAACCAACUAAACCUGCCACCACGAAGGACUAUGACUGGCCUGAGUGUGCCCAAAUGAUUAUAAAGCAUAUAGAAGAUUCCCUUCGGUCCAGCUCUGCCUCUCACAUCAAGCAGUCAUUAAAGCUGUUAACUAGUUUGUUUGGCAGUUGCCAUGCUGCAUGGACUGAAGUGCUUUGGUCAGGCAUAGCAAAGCAAAUAGAAUCCUUCUUGAUGGAAGAGACUUCUCAAGCACAGCCCAUGCUGGCCAAUCUUUUGCUUAACAUGGCAUGGUCCCCUGUGUUUAAUGGCACUGAAGGAAGUUUUUGGGCAUUAGUGGCUUCUGCUCUGGAACACUUAACCCCAGUACAAGUGGGUCCUUUGGCAGUGGGAAUUCUGAAGAUCUACAAAUGCCCACAAGAUGUGAGGAUUAAGGCACUGACUGUUCUACUUCAGCCAAUGGACUGUAUUUUGAGAGCAGCCUCCCAACCUCUGGAAUACUCAGGUUUGCUGGAUGAGUCUGUUAGUGAUCCCACCACUGUUGAAAGUCUUCUGUCAUCCAAGUCAUCUUGUGCUGGUCUCCUGUGUCAGACCCUCGCUCAUCUGGAGCAGCUGCUGUCUUGGGUUCAUUUGCCAGUGGAUUUACCCUGCACAUCUUUGCUGCGCUCUCUCAUGACAAUCUUGCAGUUCUGUAAUGGCCUCUUGAGUCCAGCUUCUCCUCUGGGAAGCACCAUAAGCCAAAUCUUGAUCAAUUCCUCCAGAGUACAAGGAUCAGCUCUUGAUGUCCUGGCAGCACUGUCUGAGCAAAAAGGAUGUGACACCCUGAUAGGAAGUGUAUUUGAUGUCCUUCUGGCAUAUCUGGAGAGUCCAAACACCAGCCCUACUGUUCUGAAGAAAACAUUUCAGGCUACAGCCAAGUGGUUGGUGCACUUGCAGAAACUGUCCUGCUCCAACAGUCAGUGGCAACAAACUGAGAAGGUUUUGGAAGGGGUGUUUCUGGUGCUGCAGAAGCGUUUGUACAGUCCUUGCUGGGAAGUAAGAGAUUCUUCUCUGGAGUUCCUCACUGUCCUGAUCAAACACUUGAGAGACCAGGAGCAGUUCAGGAAGUCUCUUCUGUCUUCAGAGUUGCCAAGGCUUACACAAGAUCUUCUUGAGGAUCCAGAAAGUUACGUGCGAGCAAGUGCCGUGACUGCUGUGGGACACUUGGCCUUCAUCACUUACUUGGCUCCAGAGUCACCUGUCACAGGGAACUGGUACAAUAAAGAGAACACUGUAGAAAAGCUUCAAGAAAUCUUGUCAAUGGACCCAGAGGGCUUUCCUAGGAGGGCUGUGAUCAGCAUCUUCACCGAGUGGCUGAGACAGGGCUGCACAGCUCAGCUGCAAGACACAGAGCAGUUUGUUUCUAGAGUGAUCCAAACUGUGGAGCAUGACUUAGACUGGGAAGUCAGACUUGGUGGUUUGGAACUGGUUGAAAUUUUCUAUAAUCAGACAAUUCACCAACGUGGCCUUUCUGAAUGCCCAUAUGCUCCUGUCUCAGCUGCAGUCACUAGUUCUGUUCAUCAGGAGGAGGUGCUGAAGAUAUUUUGCCGAGCAAAACUGUUCCGCUUUUUGUUUCAGUCUUUGUGUGACUGUGACAAACCAGUAGGUCAGAGAGCAUGUGAUUUAUUGAUUGUCUUAAGAAGUGCCUGCUAUCCAAUUAGUGCCCUGGAAGCUUCAGAGCAGAUUGGAAAUUCACCUGCAACACCUGGCAUUGCCUGGUUACAGAGGACGCUAAGGCAGGGUUCUCUGGCCCAGAACUUCCCCACAGGUGGGGUAGAUUUUCAAGAUCCAGAGAGCAUGAUGAUGGCUUUGGGUACAAUAGACUUAGAAGAGCUACAUGAUGAGCUAAAUAAAAGUACUGACCAUUUGGAGAAAAGCCCCAAGUCCCUCUUAGAGGACAUCCUUGCUACUGUGGGGACUAUAGAGGAGAAUGAAGCAGACUGUUACUGA